CUUGCUGCUUUCAUUGUAUUUGCUCACAACAUAACCUUCCUUGUAUUUGCUCAAAACAUACCUCACCCUCACUUGUUAAGAAGAUGACAAAAAGUGGUUACAUCAAUGCUGCUAUUCGUUCAUCUAACACCAACGAAGCUUACUUUUUCAUCAAUGAUAACUACAUUUUGUUGGAUUAUGCUCCAGGAACAACCAACGACAAGCUUUUGUACGGGCCUAUUCCUCUUCGUGAUGGGUUUAAAUCACUUAACCACACCAUAUUUGGAAGCUACGGGAUAGAUUGCAGCUUUGACACGGAUAACAAUCAGGCAUUCAUCUUUUAUGAAAAUUUUUGUGCUCUCAUAGACUAUGCUCCACACUCUGACAAAGAUAAAAUCGUCUCAGGUCCUAAGAAAAUCGCUGACACGUUUCCUUUUUUCAAAGGAACCGUGUUUGAAAACGGAGUAGAUGCUGCCUAUAGAUCAUCAAAAGGCAAAGAAGUUUACUUAUUCAAAGGAAAUCAAUAUGCUCGUAUAGACUAUGGCAGUAACAAGCUCGUUCAAAAUAUCAGGAGCAUUACUGGAGGAUUCACUUGCUUCAAGGGAACAAUCUUUGAAAAUGGAAUGGAUGCAGCUUUUGCUUCUCACAAGACCAAUGAAGUUUAUUUCUUCAAAGAUGACUACUAUGCACGUGUAGCCGUUACCCCAGGCGCAUCGAAUGAUGUUAUUAUGGAUGGUGUUAGGAAAACUCUUGACUACUGGCCAUCUCUUCGUGGCGUCAUACCUCUUAAAAAUUAACAAUAUCAUCUAUGUUUUCUUUUUCAGUUGUAAUAAAAGUGUGGCUUUUCAUGUUUUCCACACAUUUACUUGUUGUUUUCUUAUGUUUCUUGUUGUAAUAAAAGUGUGGAUUUUCCUUCUUUAAUUUCCACACAUUUACUUAUUGUUUUCUAAUGUUUCUUCUAGUAAUAAACUAAGUCAUGCUUUUCCUUCUUUUCCACAAA